UGCGGUAAUAGAAAACCUCUGGGACGACGGGAUGGAGAAGGGGAAGAGGCGAUAGGAGAAGGAAAGAUGCUGCUUAGGGAAAGGCUGAUGAGGGCUGUAGGAGGAUGGUGAGGAGAGCAGGGGCAGGAGGGAUGCCGGGGGGACAGGGGUGGGUGGCCCUGCGUGCGGAGCCCCUUUGCCCCGGCCCUGCGGCGCGGUGGGGCCGGCGCUGAAGCAGCUGGAGCAAGCGAGGGGGCGCUUGGGAUGCUCCCUGAUUAAUAGCAGAGGGUCCGGGCCGUGACCGCAAGCUCGGCAUGUGCCGGAGCCUCGCUGCACUUUCCCAGCGCCCCCCCCAGGAUGAGGGGGGUCGGAGGGAGGGAGGAAGGGAGGCAGCGAGCGGGACGGGGCGAUCGGCAGCCAGCUGCGAGCCAGCAGCGCUCCGGAGCCGCGGCUUCCUGGAAGCGGAGCCCGGCCGGGCGGCAGCCGGCGGCGAUAAGCGGCGGCUGGCGGAGCCCUCCCGGCGGCACGGCCUCUGCGAGCCCGCAGAAGCCAGUAGACUUGCUGAUUGGCAGUCAUGUCGGUCAAACUGACAUUCGUCUCUCCUGGGGAUGGCGGUGGUAUCAGUAGGAGUUGUUCCUUCACUGGAUUCAGCACUGUGCAAAACAGAAAAUUAGCAAAGUCUCUCAACAGAAGUUCACUGAGAUCAAGAAUGUCACUGAAGUCCCCCAAGGCAUAUUCUUCACUGCAGAAAGGGGCAGUCAUCUGGGAUCCAAAACCACUGCAGGUGAAGAAAAUUUUUGAAGCUUUGAAGAAAGGACUUAAUGAAUACUUGGAAGCACAUCAGGCUGAGUUGGAUUAUCUCUCUGGUCGGCACAAAGAUACAAAAAGGAACUCCAGAUUGGCCUUCUACUAUGACCUGGAUAAGCAAAUUCGCUCUGUGGAGAGAUACAUUAGAAAAUUGGAGUUCCACAUAAGCAAGGUGGAAGAACUCUAUGAAGCUUACUGUAUCCAGUGCAGACUACGUGAUGGGGCCACUAACAUGAAACAUGCCUUUGCCUUGUCUCCUUCCACCAAAGCCUCCAGGGAGAGCCUAGUGGAGCUCUACAAGAACUUUCAGGGAUGCACAGAGGACAUGUGCUUUAUAGAAGGGGCAUUGGAGGUCCAUUUAGGAGAGUUUCACUUGAAGAUGAAAGGCUUGGUGGGCUUCGCACGUCUCUGCCCAGGGGACCAAUAUGAGGUUUUUGUGCGACUGGGACGCCAAAAAUGGCGGUUGAAAGGCAAGAUUGAGACUGAUGACAGCCAAACAUGGGAUGAAGAAGAAAAGAUUUUUAUACCUAAUCUCCACGAGCAGUUUGAAAUCAAGGUGACAGAACUGCGAGGACUGGCCACUAUUCUAGUUGGAGUCGUGACAUGUGACAGCAUAAACUUCUUUACAACCAAGCCUCAGGCAAUCAUUGUGGAUAUAACUGAGCUGGGCACUAUCAAGUUGCAACUGGAGGUCCUCUGGAAACCCUUUGACACAGAGAACCUGUUUUUGUCACCUGGAACCACUGCCAAGUUUUCUGUGGGUAGCAGGAAGAACUCUUUGUACAGCUGGACCCCACCAAAUACACCCAGCUUCAGAGAGAAAUACUAUCUAUCUGUUUUGCAACAAAGACAGAACCAAGGGGAUGUAAGUGAAGAAGCUCAGCCUCCCAGCAUACUGAGCUAUUUGGCUGCCUGUGAUUUUGGUGUGCAUGAGAGGAGCAAGCCUCACGAUCCUGUAGAGACGAGUGAAGCGGACUCAUUCAGCUCUGAGGAUCUGAAAGGGACAGAGUCUAGAAAUACAACUCCAGCUGCAGACCACAGGACAUUGCCAUUGGUGAUUAUUCAAGAGGCUUGUGCAGAAGAGCGACAUCCACUUCCAAAUCGUGCAACUCUGGACAUUCUGAAGAAGACUCCGUGUGCGGAUGGAUUUCCAAGUAACCCAUCUACUUUUCUGAGUCGUGGUAAAGGCAGCAGAGCUUCUUUCAACCAGGCCAGAAAUCGCCAUCUGACAGAACAAGAAAACAUUAGCCAGAAAAGCUUGAAUGCUGCAAAUGAUGUAAAACUAGAUGGAUGUACGAAGUCAAUUGAUAAAACUCUCCAAGAACUGUUAAAUUUGCUGAAAUUACAUGAUGUUAGGAAAGCCCAACUGGAGAAAUUGGAAUACCAAGUUUUAUCUAUGAGGGAUAAAUUAAAGCUAAAGACACUUCACCACAAACGUUCAUCUAUGGAAAGUUUAAUGGUGGAGACAGUGCUGGAAAGUUUUGACUUUUUAAAUGCUGACUGCAGUGCUGAUGAGCUUUCGUUAUUUGGAAGCAUAAGAACAGCCAGUAUCAGCACAUACAAUGACAGCACGUUUCAGUCCCUGAGCUGUGACAUGAAAACAGAAACAAGAGGUGUAACUACUGGUGAUGACAACUUAGAUGUACUUUUGAUAACUCAUCUGAAGCUGUGCAAAGCUCUCUUGCAGAAACUCAGAUCACCAAACAUAGCCCAGAUUGUCCAGGAGAGCGUUUUGGAAGAAGUGUCAGAGCAGACACAAGUCCUGGGGGAUGUCUUGGAUACGUCUGUUGAAGAAAUUAUUCAGAAGACUAAGAAGAAAAAGCACUAUCUGAAAAUCUGGAGUGAUCUUGCAGAGCCUGGCAGUAUCUUGUUUGCUUCGGCAGAAAGAUUCCAUAAUGCACUGAAAUACACAUCGGCACUCAAAAUGAAGGAAAAAUACCCUGGUCAAUUAGAAGCAGUAUUGCGGAGAUUUCUAGAGCAGAUUGUCACUUGUGAUGGAUUGCUCCCCUCUCCGUACCACCAAACAGAACCAGUUACUUUAUUCCAAUUUUAUAGCUACCUGGAGAAACAUCAUAUUACCAGCCUGGACAAACACUUGGGAAAACUUGCUAAAGAAGUGAUGCUAAUUGAGGAGCUGCAGUGCCCUGGACGGCUGAAGACUCUUAAAAAAUUGAAAGGAAAGCGAUUGAACAAGCUCCAACCUCUACCGCAGACUUUACGGCUGCUUGGGAUUUUACAGCUGGAUGACAACCACCGCGUCAGCAAAGCAGCCACAUCCUGCCUCUCCCGUGCAGCAGCAAACAAGAACUUUAGGGAAAAGGCUCUCCUUUUUUACACUGAUGUUUUAGCUGAUUGUGAUGCAAGACUUCAGCAAGCUGCGUGCUUGGCCCUUAAAAACCUCAGAGCUAUAGAGAGUAUAGAGCAGGUCGCCCAUCUGUGCCAAUCUGAAAUAGAGGAAGUUAGGAAUGCUGCCCGGGAAACAACACUGUCCUUUGGUGAAAAAGGACGGCAAGCCUUUGAGAAAAUGGACAGGAUUUGCUGUGAAUUAAGAGACACCGUGCAGCAAGAGGCUGAAAUUGAAAUCACAGUAUUUUAGUAGUGGAGUAUGAGGAGCUAAAUCAUACUGUCCUCACAGCCACAGCUGAGUACUGAGGAUUUAGUUUGUUCAGUGUCUGGUUUACUAGACCCUGCCACGUACAUGUUGCGUACUGACAGAGUACAGUUUUGUUUCCAAAGUGGGCACAGUUUGCAAUCUAAACCAAAUAGACUGGAAUCUGUAUUUUCUCACUCUCAGCACAUGAUGAAAUCUCAAAUCGAGGUGCCACUUGAGUUAAAUCUCCAUCUCACUGGAACUGGCUGCCCCUGCACAAACUAAAAGUCAAAUAUGAUCUAUUUUCACUUAAAAUAUUUUAUUAAUUUUUGCAUUUCUCUAAGAGGAAAUAAAUGAUCACUCUCCUACAGUCCAUCUAUAAACUAGCGGACAACAGCUUACUUACAUCAACUUCCAUAUAAAUUAGAAAAAUCUAGCAGCUGUAAGUGGCGACCUUUUUUUUUUUUUACGCAAUUUAGUUGCAGAAGGAAAACUUGUUACUUUAAAAGCCGUUUUUGGGGUAAUCAUUGCAACUUAGGCCAGGCUCGAGCAAGGCUUGAAAAGGGUAAGUACUGAGUGUAUAUCCUCAGCAGUUUACAAGGGGAAGUUAUUUAUCAUAUUAGCCAUGUACAGAUCAGACUGCCAUAUGGACAGAUCUAUGUAAGCUUAAAAAAAUACAAAAAGCAUUUUAUUUCUUUAGUCAUAGACCAAGGUUUCGCAUAAUCACAUACCCAUUGUCAGGCUCCUUACUCAACACUUAUUUAAUGUAGUGGAGGGUAGUCAUAAAGAGGUCUGGCUUCAGGUAAAAUACUUGAAAGGGUUUGGCUUGUGUGUAUAUAUUUUAUAUAUAUAGUACUUUUUCUAUUCAGUAUUUAUUUGUUGGAUUUCAUACUUUUUUUCUAAAAUUCUAAUAAAACUUUGAGACAAAUUCCUGCAAGUCCUUCAUGCUGGUGUGUCUAGAAUAAUGGGAACAGGGAUAAGGCAAUCAAUCCCUCAAGGCAGGUAAGAUACUUUCUUGAUACACAUCCUAGCUCGAUACAUGGUAUGUUAUGUACUUCUAGCUAUGGGAAGUUCAGGCUUGCGCAGUUGGAACAGGCUGGGCUGUCAGUUUUUCACUUGAGGAGGUGCAGCUUGCUGAGACACUUCAGCUCUAUACUGAUGAGCUCUGACUAGCAGGACCAUGGUGUCAGGUCAUGCUAUUCCAUAGCAAAGUUUGGUUAAACUUAGAAGGGGCUGCUUAUCUAUGGUCUAACUCUGCUUUUAAUUUACAGAUUUAUUUGAAAGCAGGGGAAUGACGUUUUCCUACUUUGGUAAGUUUUCUGCUUCCCCCUAGCUUCAUUCACCUAAUCUGCCCCUUCACUACACUGCCUUCAGAGAACGUUUUGUAUAUUGUAUAUAUACAGUAUACUGCUUCAGUAAAAGAUAAGUAAAUUCUUACAGUAACAUUUAAAACAUUUUCCAGUAAGAAAAAUAACAAGCAUUGGGUUAGUCCAGAGUUGCAAGUGGUUCAGAAUAGAAGCCAAGGGCUCUAGCACUGAGAAGACAGGAAGCGAUGAGACACAUGUACGUUCUUUAAAAAAAAAGAAUUUUAUUGUAACAACUAAAAUGAGAACUGAAAACUUGGAUGGGAAAUUGAAAAACUGUACAAUUUUACUCUAACCUCUGAGGUCUUUGCAGUGGCUUACACAAAAGACAAGAUACCUGAAAAUGUAUUAUACCAAAACAUUUAGCUUUUUUGUUUUUUAUUUUUUUUAAAAAAGUUUAGUCUAUGGCAAUCUGUAAAAAAGAAAGACCUGAUGAGUAAAUAUUUGCUUAAGGCAUAUAGCAGAGCAGCUCACUAACUUUCUAACAAGUUUAACAUGGAUAUUUGUCCAUUUUCCAAGAAUAGGUUAACCAAUACACCCACUUUGAAGUGCUACUGUAUAUACACACCCGAACUACUACAUACAUAUACAAGACAUCAAAACAAAAAUGUUUACAGUUCAGUAUUAUAAGCCUUAUACACACCUCACUGGUCUUGUGGGCUACUUCACUGUCUAUCCCAGGACAGUGUCAAUUCUCCUGGAUUUGGAGCAGAUGAAAGAAAUAGCAAAGUACGUUGGCAGAAAAGGAGGGGAGGGGUGUUCAAAACUUCCUCUGCAGGAAGCGUCUCUUACUAGAAUAAUUUGCAAAAACAGUGCAAGUGAACUAUUCUGGAUUCAAAGGAAGAUGCUUUAUUUUACUGUCAAGCCUAAAAUUUAAAGCUUUCCUUCUUGGGAACAGCAUAGCUUGCGGGGGGGGGGGGGGG